AUGCAAUUUCACUUGAGCGGCUUCAAAGGCUCUGGAGAUCCACUGAUCUUACAGUUCGACGGGCAAGAGCCAGACUUCCAGACAAAACUACCAGAUGAGAUCGACGUACUCAUAGUUGGAGCUGGUCCCGCCGGACAGUUACUGGGAGCUCAGCUAGCUCGCUUCCCGGACAUCACAACACGAAUCGUCGAAUCGAAGCACGGUCGACUAGAACAGGGACAGGCGGAUGGACUGCAAUGUCGGACGAUCGAAGUGUUCGAGGCUUUCGGCUUCAGUGAGAAAGUGCUCAAAGAGGCGUACUGGGUGAAUGAGACAACGUUCUGGUCGCCGACAGACGAUGGGAGAGGUCUGCGGAGGAGUGGGAGGAUACGGGAUACGGAGGACGGGCUUUCCGAGUUCCCUCAUGUCAUUUUGAACCAGGCGAGACUGCACGACCUCUGGCUGGAUUGCAUGAAGUGGUCGCCAACGAGGCUGGAGCCGUCGUACAGCCGCACGAUGACGGAGCUUAGCAUACCAAGGGGAGACGGACCUGUAGAUAUCACUAUUGAGAGGAUUGAUGAGAAGAAUGCAGGAAAGAAGGAGAUGAUACGAGCGAAGUAUGUCGUGGGUUGUGACGGGGCGAGAAGCGGAGUUCGAAACAAACUCGGCCUGGAGAUGAAGGGCGACUUUGCCAAUCAGGCCUGGGGAGUGAUGGACGCCUUGUUGGUCACGACGUUCCCAGACGCGAGACUGAAGACCGUGAUUCAUUCCGCGAACGAUGGCAGUAUCCUAAUCAUCCCUAGAGAGGGUGGCUACCUUUCACGCUUCUACAUCGAGUUGGACAAAUUAGAUGCAAACGAACGGAUAUCUACGAAGAAUGUCACGGCAGACGUCUUGAUCGAUCGAGCCAAACGUAUCUUUGCACCAUACACCUUUGAUGUGCGAGAGAUAGCUUACUGGUCGGUGUAUGAGGUCGGCCAAAGACUCACAGAUCAUUUCGACGAUGUGCCCAAAGUCGAGCGCGACCAACGAGAUCCGAGGGUAUUCAUCACUGGAGACGCUUGUCACACUCACUCUGCCAAGGCCGGUCAAGGCAUGAACGUGUCCAUGAAUGAUUCCUUCAAUCUCGGCUGGAAGCUAGCAGCCGUCUUACGAGGUCUUGCGCCGCCGAGCCUUCUGCAUACCUAUUCGGAAGAACGACAGGACAUCGCCCGGAGGCUGAUAGAUUUCGACCGCGUCAUGUCCCGCAUGUUUGCCGCGAAACCCAAGGAGAACGCCGCCGAGGACGAUGAGGACUUUGUGGAUCCGGCCGUCUUCCAGGAGAACUUUCAACGACAGGCACGCUUCAUGGCCGGGGUUGAGAUCAAGUAUAAGCCUGGCCCAUUGACGUCCUCGGAUACGAGCCAUCAGCACCUGGCGACAGGAUAUGAGAUCGGAACCCGAUUUCAGUCAACGCAGGUCCUGCGUGUCGCAGAUGCCAAACCUAUCCACCUCGGCCACGAAAUGAAAGCAGACGGGAGAUGGAGAAUUGUACUCUUCGGCGACAACUCGGAUCCGACUUCCCCAACUUCUGCCGUGGCGAAGAUAUGCGACUACCUCCAGCACGUGCUCAUUCCAAAGCACACGCCUCCCAAAGGCGACAUCGACUCCGUAUUCGACGUACGUGCCGUGUAUCAGCAAUCCCGCCAAAGCUUCAACAUCACAGAUCUUCCACCGCUGCUCCUGCCACACAAGGGACGUCUGGGGAUUCAAGAUUACGAGAAGGCGUUCACGGAUGAGGAGAGCUACGGCUUUGGCUUUGGCGAGAUUUACAAGACGAGAGGAAUUGAUCGGGAGAAAGGGUGUGUGGUUGUCGUGAGGCCUGAUCAAUAUAUCAGUGCGGUCCUUCCGCUUUCCGAGGACGCGAACGGGAUGCUCGAGGCUUUCUUUGGUGGCUUCAUGAAUGAGCAGGCCGCAGUGACGAAUGGAGCAUGA